UCUUAUCUUUCUCCACGCCUCUUAGGAAUCAUGGUGAGCAAGGAGGGCGGCACAUGCAUGCUCACCAACUCCGAGUCUGACUCGGAGGCGGCGGUGGCACCCUUGCCCUCUGCCACGCUAGCUCUGCAAGUCAAGUAUUCACUGGACGCUAGUCGACAGGUGAGGAAGCGGAACAAGGCCCUCCAAGUGCGUUUCAAGGAUAUCUGCGAGGCACAAAAUGAGCAGAGGGAAGCCGACUUGGGGAAGGAGGGCAAUCCUCUGUCUUACAAAGCAGCGUACCGCAAGUACAUGACCGUACCCGCCCGCCGAUCAAUCCCCAAUGUCACGCGCAGCACCGGGGUGCAGACGUCUCCUGACCUGAAGAAGCGCUACCAGACGUUCCCGUUCGAGCGCAAGAAAGGCCACACGUUUAAGCACGUGGCGGCUGUGGAAACAUACACAGGUCAGAAUAACGGCUUUGUUGUGGAAGUCAAACCGGCUGCGCAGCGAUGUUUCGAUGAGGACGCAGAAGAAGAGGGAGCCUGCGGGGGGAGCAGAGUUUGGCGGACCAAAGCACUGCUCCAUACUAACGAACGAAUAGCCACUGUGGAGCAGCAGACCAAACCUGAAGGCUUGUGUGAGGACGCGCUAAUGCCAAGUUGCGCCACCAACUCGGACUACCAGCUCUGUGGCGUAACAUCCAAAGCCGGCGGGGAAUUACAACAAAGAGAAAGACCGCCGCUCGAGCUGGAGGUGGGCUCGUCUCGAUCGAGAACCCUGCCGGACAGGGCCUCCAAAGUGACGGGGCCCAUCGCAUGGAACUCCCUCACGCAAGUGGAGUGCCUGGACAGUCUGUCGGCAAGGCACAAGCGCAAGAAAAGUCUGCAGUUCAAUGGGCUGCAGAGCGAGACAUUGCCGCGCACCGGCCGAGGCUGCGCAGCGCGGGCGCCGUGUCAUGCCGCGGACAAGCCUCAAGGGGCAGCGGUGUCAGACCAGGAGGCCUGUAAGCAAAUAGUGCCUAUGAAUCAGGAUGGUGACGUUAAAGCACAGCUUCAAGCCAUGGAGAAUCUUAUCAGCUCCAGCCAGGAAACCAUUAAGGUGCUGUUGGGGGUCAUCCAGGAACUGGAAAAGGGGGAGGCCCACAGAGAAGGGCUUUCCUAUCGCACCGGACAGGACACGGCCAACUGCGACACAUGCCGGAACAGCGCAUGCAUUAUUUACAGUGUGGAGCUGGACUUCAAGCAACAGGAAGACAAACUUCAGCCCCUCAUGAAACGGCUGUGCCCAUCGGACGACACGCACUUCCCCGCCCUGCCGUACCCCCACGAGGCCUUCACAUCCACGCCCAAGCGCAAGUCCAAAGCCGAGUCCAAGAAGCACGCUCGCUGGAGACUAUGGUUCAUGUGA